UUAAGAAAAUCCUAAAAUGGCACCAAUUUGUAAACUUUUGUUAUCUAGAAUUUAGUUUUAAAACUAUUUUUCCAAUAAAUUUUGUGAUUAGGCCCGACUAGAAAUCAUGAUAUAUAGUCCUUAUCAUCCUGCAUAUUCUGGUAGCUACUUUCAUAAAAUCUUGUCGAGUACCCAGAAAUCUUAUUCAUCCAUGGCAUUUGCUCACUGCUUCCUUACUGUCCCAGCUGAUACUACAAACUUCCACACCGCUACUUCCAUUUUUACCCGCCCUUUUUCUUCUUCGGUGAGUUCUUCUUUUUCUUCCUCAAACCUCAAAACUUGCAGCCUCUCUAAUUUCCCCAAGAAUUUGAGAAUCGGACUCAAAGUAUCUGUUAAGGCUCAAGCAUCUGAAGCCAGCGCAGCCGCAGAUGCUUUCACCAACUUCAAGCAUGUACUUUUACCAAUUACAGACCGGAAUCCUUAUCUCUCUGAGGGUUCAAGACAGGCUGCAGCAACUGCCGCUGCUAUGGCAAAGAAGUAUGGAGCUGAUAUAACAGUUGUUGUUAUUGAUGAAAAGGGGAAAGAAGCAUACCCAGAGCACGAGACACAACUAGCAAGCAUCCGAUGGCAUUUAGCUGAAGGUGGAUAUCAAGAAUUCAAGCUGUUAGAGCGGCUAGGUGAAGGAAGCAAGCCAACAGCCAUUAUUGGUGAAAUUGCUGAUGAUAUGAACUUGGAUAUGGUAGUUAUGAGCAUGGAAGCUAUCCAUUCCAAGCAUGUAGAUGCAAACCUUCUUGCUGAGUUCAUCCCUUGCCCUGUAUUGCUUUUGCCCCUAUGAAGAAGAAAUGUAUCUGAAAAGCCAGUGGUGCUCGGUUUUAGGAUCAGGGAUAUUAGCCUUACCUGACCUGAAGUUUAUUACUAUCUUCAUCAAUCAGGUCUCCAACCUUUUGAUACUGUUCUCUACUUCAUUGACCAUGAACUCAAGUUUUACAUUUGUGGUAAGUGGUAAUAGAACAGAACAAACAAGCUGGUUCAUUGCUAUUUGCUUCUUAAUCAUGUGGAGAGAUAUGAAUGUUGUUUACUCUUUGAAGUAUACACUUGUUCAGCUUGAAAGUAGAAAAGAUUUGUUGCCUUUAUACUGAAUUACCGACUGAUAUUAUCUUUGAA